AGGGUGUCCUGGUCUGAGGGCGUAGGCUAUUGAAGAAACAAACCUGUCUCCCAAUCCAGUAUUUGUUUACGAGAUCGUCGACAUUCAAACAUUCUCUCAAGAAACGUUUCUGUAAAACGGCACUGACUGGACCGAGGAGCGGGGAAUGAUCUUGAACUUUGUCAGGGGGAUGUGACCAGGAAAUGCAAACACAUUUUUGACUGCAAGCAAUAAAUCGCCUGUUUUACUGUCGACAGGGCUGUGCUAUCUCGUGUCACCGGUCCAAGGGUUUUCACAAGCUCACAGAAUGGACGACAAGCUUCGUCUCGGGUUCACGCUAAAUUUAUUGUAAUGAAAUAUACCCUAUGAUCACUGAAAUGCGACAUACUGCUUCGUUUUAACCUGAUAAAAACACAAGAGACUGGUGAACAACUUCAGGAUGGAGGAUUUCAGACAGAGGUUCACGCUGUGCUGUCAAAGUACUUUCCCGUGUUUCAGAGACCCGGCGAACAACACCUCACCUGACACCGAGAAACGGGAUAUUAAAGUGAUUGUAAACGAAGAUGCUGCGAAAAGGGCCAACAUGGCAUUACCUCCGACACCUGGGGAGAAACCCGGCUACGUUUACGUUGCGCUGUACGACUACACGGCUCGCACGGAGCAUGAUUUAAGCUUUAAUGCAGGGGAUAAACUGGAACCACUCCGCAAGGAGGAAGACUGGUGGUACGCGAGAGGGAUCACCGGGAUUUCAGCGAACAAAGAGGGCUACAUUCCUGCGAAUUAUGUUGCAGCCAUAGAAAGCCUCGACGCUGAACCAUGGUAUUUUCCAGAAACAAAGCGCUUGGAGGCUGAGAAGAUGUUGACGUCUCAAGAGAACAAGAAUGGAGCUUUUCUAAUCAGAAACUGUGAAAGCCAGCAAGGGGAGCUUUCACUCUCAGUGCUGGACAACGGAAAAGUGAAGCAUUAUAAGAUCAGAAAGACGGAGAAUGGUGGCUACUUCGUGUCAAAGACUCGAAGUUUUUUCACGCUGAGAGAUCUAGUGGAGCACUUCUCCAGAAAUGAGGAUGGCCUCUGUGUUUGUUUGGCAGAACCCUGCAAAAAAUUAAUGGCUCCAGAGACACAUGGUCUUUCUUACAACACUGUGGAUCAAUGGGAGAUCCCGCGUUCCUCUUUAAAACUCUCAAAGAAGUUGGGAGCAGGGCAGUUUGGCGAGGUCUUUGAAGGCAUUUGGAAUGACAGCACAGCCGUAGCUGUCAAAACACUCAAGCCAGGAACUAUGGAUCCAAAAGACUUCCUCCGAGAAGCUCAGAUCAUGAAGAAACUCCGUCAUUUCAAACUGAUCCAGCUCUAUGCUGUCUGCACUUUGGAAGAGCCUAUCUACAUCGUCACAGAGUUAAUGAGCCACGGGAGCCUUCUAGAACACCUGCAAAAAGACCGAGGUGCUUCUCUCCAAAUGUCUGAUCAGAUAGAAAUGGGAGCACAAGUGGCAUCAGGCAUGGCAUACCUUGAGUUGCAGAACUACAUUCACAGAGAUCUUGCAGCAAGAAACGUUCUGGUGGGAGAUAACAAUGUGUGCAAAGUGGCCGACUUUGGCUUGGCACGAGUAUUUCAGAUGGAAAAUGAGAAUGUUUAUGAGGCCAAGGAAGGAUCCAAGUUUCCAGUGAAAUGGACUGCUCUUGAGGCCAUCCACGAGAACAAAUUCACCAUCAAAUCUGAUGUCUGGUCUUUUGGGAUCCUACUGUAUGAAAUUGUGACGUUUGGACAGAUGCCUUACCCAACCAUGACAAAUUAUCAGGUGGUACAACAGCUGCCCAAAGGCUACAGGAUGCAAUGCCCUCUUAACUGCCCAAAAUAUUUGUAUGACAUCAUGUCCGAAUGCUGGAAGGACUGCCCUGCAGACAGACCCACCUUUGAAACUCUGCAGUGGAAACUCGGGGAAUUCUUUGAAAUGGAUGUCAGCUCUUACGAUGAUGCAAACCGCUACUAAAAGACACAACUGCUUAUAAAUGUAAUGUAACUGCAAAUGAGCCAAGAGCAGAGUUUCAAUGAGGAAGUCUGAGAUGCUGUUUUAGUAUAACAUGAACCAAAAGUCUUUAUGUGCUCUCAGUGUAUACACAUAUAGUAUGCUCAA